AUGGACCAGCUUAUCAAAAACCGCGAGCAUCUGGCUUCUCUGCAUUAUUCGCAUUGCAACACGCGAAUCAUCAGCUUGAAAGAUCUUGAUCUGCCUGAAACGGCUUCCGAAGAAGUCUAUCGCCAGAUCUAUCUCAAGCAUACCCAAACGUUGCACAAAAGUCAAAGUCAAAGCCAGAACGCGUCUCUCCUUCGAGAUGCCGUCGAGUCCAUUAAAUACGGCAUUGCUCCACCGGUUGCAUUUCCCACGGAGACCGUCUAUGGUCUAGGUGCAGACGCGACCAAUGAGCCUGCAAUCUCAGGCAUCUUUGCCGCCAAAGGCCGACCGAGUGACAACCCGCUCAUCGUCCACGUUGCAUCUGUAGCACAUCUUGAGCGGCUGACGGGCGAGCCCCUCCCUGAAAUCUACAGAUCGCUGGCUCAGAAAUUCUGGCCCGGACCCCUGACGAUCUUACUUCCAGUACCAAAGGACUCAAAGUUUGCAAAGAACGUCCACCCGGGCCAACCGACCAUAGGUUUCCGAAUCCCGUCGUCCAAGUACGCUCGUUUCUUCAUCGCUUCAACAGACUGUCCCAUCGCAGGGCCGUCGGCAAACUCAUCAGGCAAACCUUCGCCCACGACGGCACAGCACGUCCUUGACGAUCUCCGGGGUAAAAUCAACUUCAUUCUCGACGGUGGACCCUGUGACGUAGGCGUCGAAAGCACCGUUGUCGACGGCCUGCAUGAUCCGCCAUUAAUCCUCCGUCCUGGCGGCGUGUCUCAAUCCGAUCUGAUCUCGCACGGUAAGGAAUUUGGCAAUCGCUUCGCAGAUACAGCGAUUGGAUACAAGCGGCACGAGCACCGCUCCACUAAUACUUCGUCAUCAUCGCCUUCACCUCUGUCAACGGGAUCUUCGGAUUCACACCCCACCCACGUUAGCGUGAGUUACGAAGAAGAUAUGAACGGGGCUCCGCGCGCCCCGGGGAUGAAGUACAGGCACUACGCACCGAAAGGCAGGUUGGUACUGUUUGGUGAAAAUGCGGUCGCGCAGGGCAAGGUUGAGGCGAAACUCAAUGAGAUCAUACAGUCAGUGCCAUGCCAGGAGGACCAGUUGAACGUGGGAAUCAUCUCGUGCCACUGGCCGCCAUUUGCUGGCUUACCGGUCUCAACCUCUUCGGAACCACUUCUGACCGCUAUCUCAACAUCGGUGUACGCGAAUAUCACUUCCGUAGGGAAAUACUCACCGGCCUCCGACUCGAAUCCGAUUUCUGGUGCAACCCCGAUCGAGAAGGGAAAUCUAUCACUUGUGAUAUACAACGUCCACAUCGGCCCUGACAUCGCGACGCUCGCACACUUGCUCUUCGGCGUGCUUCGGCUCUUCGACGACCUCAACUGCACUUUCAUCCUUGCGGAAACUGUGAAGCGUAGGGUUCCGACGCAGGAGCAACAGCACGAGCAGCGAGACAGAGAUACAAGUACACGAGACAUUGAAGAUGCGGUGAUUGAUCGGAUUGAAAAGGCUGCGGCGGAGAGAGUGGAUUAA